GAGUGUCAACACUCCAAGCCCACACCUCGCCUCAGCCCACAGUGGCGUACGCCAGCGUGAAUGCGGCGAGCACCAGCGGUGCCCAUCCCAAGAGAAGGCCGCCGGGGCUGCCGUCCUUCUUGUCAGCCUCCUUCGGAGCAACAGGAGACGACGUCGAUCCUCCCUCCGAAGCUGCAGCUGCGGACGCUGUAUUCGUGGUUGUACUUGUGGAUGCAGGCACCUCUGUUAUGGUCGUUGUCGCUGUGGCGGGCGAAGUGUCCCCAGCCGCUGUCACGCACACGGACGGGAAGCAGCAGAGGACGAACACCACCAACAAGUACAGCAGGUUGUACCUCAUCAGCUUCAUGGCUCUUGUUGAGUGUUUGAUUGGUGUUCAAUUUAUUUCCCUUACCAUGGCGGCCAGAAGGGUAAAUGAAGAGAAAUGGACCUUGUCGGCGACACGCAAGCACAGCAACGGUAGUACCCCGCACAUGUUGCACCUACAGGAGGGAGUGGCAACUCUCUGCAAUGGGGCGACAGCCCCUUAA